AUGCGAAAGAGCGGUACUGCUGGACGCGGCCCCUCCGAAGCGGCACAACAGAGGGCGGAGAAGCCGAGACACGGCUUUGGGCCCCCGUGUGGCCGUGAGAGCACACUAGUUGCGACAGGCAGGGUGUGCGGACGAGGCUCGAUGCGAGGGGAAAAUGCGCGCGCGAGGCCAGGCGGAGGAAAGCCAGAUCGAGAGGCGCAGCCGACUCGCGGCGGAUGCACUCGACGCACUCUCCGGACGUCAAAUUGCGACCACAGAAACCCUGCCCUGGUCCUCGCUUGCGCCAAGCCCACGCGUGUUCUCACAACGACAGCAGCUCAGCACUGUCCCAGACAUCGGGGUCCGCCGCCUCCAACCAAAAAAAUCACCAAAAAAAACACAACUGCCGCUGCUGCUUCUGCCGCUGCUGCUGCGAAGAGAGAGUCCACAGCAGUCUCGACCUCGACCUGCAACUUCCACACUCCGCCCGCCGCCCGGAGCCCGGAAUGGCUCAAGGUGCAUCCGCCGCCGCCCCGCCGCCCCAGCAGCAGCGCUAGGCAGCAGCACGCAGCAGCGAUGCACGAUCAACCGGCACGAUUCCGAUGCAAACCAACAAACCAGCUCGGGUGGCCUGGUCGCUGCCUACGACUGUCCACUGAGCUUGCAGCAUCUGCGAUUGGACGCAGCGAAUCGCGAUGCGCUGUUCGAGUCGCCGACACGUUUUCGGCUCCCAAGCUGGCGGAACCGCCCAACAGGCUUUUGUUUGCACGCCGCCCUGGGGUGGUACCGAGGCUUUUGCAUGACUCGCAAGCUGGUCCGGCGAGGUUGAUCGUUGCUACCGCAGCAGACAGCCGCACAAACAAUCGCCACAAUGACAACUACCGACGUGCAACACGGGCGGCGCCUUCCGACCCAAAUCUAGCGGACGAAGGGUGGCAGGCGUUUUGA